UUUGUGCAGGUGUGAUUCCUUCUGCUGAGGCCAAGCGCCCCACACCAUCCUCCACCUCAGCGGUCCCCAUUAGAAAGGUGAAGGAAAAGCUGACCGUUGAGGCUGGGAAGUUGGUUCCACGGACUGGUUCUCCCAUUCGGGGUGAUAAUGAGCAAGCCCGGAAGAGGUGCCGGACUGAUAGCGGCAGCCAGCUGAUCCUGAUCGAUCAUGUGGUUGACUUGACCGGUCUGGAGCCUCAGCCCAAGAAGUCUACUCCCCUGCUUACUAAGUCAGGGGAUUCGACUCUCGCUGAGAUGUCGAGCGAUGAUCGGAUGAUCGUGGAGAUUUCCAACAUGGGGCCUCACGUAGAAGGGAGGUACCUGUUCGGGCAAACACCAGCCUCCAUUGGUGCAGCACGUCUCUGAAGGCUUCCCCGAGCCUCACGAACUUGACUCACUGGUCUGACGUGGUCGAGGCAGGUCACCUUGAGGCCAUUAAGGCUGAAGUCUAUUACCACCCGGCUUUCCUGGCUACCGAGCGGGAGAUGAUGUUUCUAGCCCGUGAUCGGGAUGAGAGCCAAACCCUCCUUGUUGCUGCACAUAAGCUGAUUGCGGACCUGCAGGAUCGUGCCAGUAAGGGUGAAAAAGUGAUGGCCGAGCUGGCUGAAGCGGAGGACAGGGUCCGUCGUCGCGAUCGGACUAUCAGCGAUCUUAGGGCCAAGAUGAAAGUGGCCGAAAGUGCUAGAGUAAAAUUUUAGAAGGCAGAGGGAGAAAACCCCCCCGCUCCUUAUAUUGCCAAUAUCUCCAAGAUCACCAAUCAAGCGGUGAUUGACUUCCAAAGGGGAAAAGGAUUGAGCGUUGCCCCGGAAGAGACUGCCCUGCAAUUUUUGGGGGCUCAUGUUGGCCAGCAACUUCGUGCUAGUGAGGAUCCUUUGGCGGCUGGAAUCAAGCUUAUGGACGAGGCGCCAGAAGGGAUGACCUUCAUAGAUGCUUUGGCUAAGGACACGUUGGUCAAGAGCCAAGAUCUACUUAUCGAUAGAAAUCUUGAUCUGAUCAUGGAGCACUUCCCCAAGCCGUUCGACCCUGAUGAGGCUGAUUUUGAUGAUUUAUUCGGGAAUGCUUAUGAUCGGGUCAUGAAGAAGAGGAACAAGGCAGCAUCUAAGGAUUCUGCUAAUCCUGGCAGUUCAUAGCCUGCAUCUUCCACGGUCAGGGACCUUCCAGUAGAAUAGCUUGGUAUCUUUUCUUCUUUUUUGACUUAUUCUUUCCCUUUCUUGUAUUUCCCGGCCGGUAGUGUCGAAGACUAAAGAUUAUUGCCCCGAUCGUGCAAGUUACUGGACCGAUAUUUUCUUUACCGAUUCGUCAUCUUCCAAACCCAUAGUUCCGAUGCCCCGUUCGGUUUUCUCCGAUCCGGAUUAUCCAUACUAAGGCUUUGAGAUGUCCAUUUUCAAACUAUAAGUAAGAUCCCCUAUUUGGGUCAUUUCCUA